AUGCAGUUGUUCGCCACCUUGUUGCUCGCGAGCACAACAACCGUCGUACUAGCCGCUUCAUCCUCGACCGCUGCACAACUUCGACUCUCACCUGAUCCUUCCGCCUCGACAAGAGGAGCGUCAUCUUCGUCGCGUGGUGGUGAGGCGGUGGCGUUGACGGCUCAACAAGCCAAUGCGGUCCUAGCCCAUCAUCUAGGUGUCGCACAAUACGAACGCUUGCCUUCCUCUUCUUCAAACAAGGGGAACGUGGAUGACAAGUGGCAAGCGGCGUUAGGUGUAGGCCCGCAAUGGACCACGGUCGAGGGGCAAAAGGUCGUCAUCGUGCUCGAGUGUGGACAGUACGGGUGCCAAGGUCAGUGGCGGGACGGUCACAUCAGCACGACGAGGGGAUACAGUGUAUGGUACUCAUCUCUUGUCGCCGAUCGCCACUCCGCUGACAGAUGCGAUCCCAUCCGAACUGAGCCAAUCGCAACCGUACGAGCUCCCUUCGUUGCCCGUGCACUCGUGGCUCUCGGCCGUAUCCCUUCAUCUUCAUCGCCUCGCAGCGUCCCUCGGGAUCGAUCCCAAAUCAUCGAAAGCCGUAUUGGGUCUCGAGCAGUUGACGGAGAGCAUCAAGUCCGUCGCUGGAUGGGCGGGGUGGGUAGGCGACGAAUUGGGUAGUGCGAUCGGGUGGGCUCCGCUCAAGGUGAGUCGUGGUGGGACCCUGGCAAGAUGAUCAAGAGAUGAUGAAUAUGCUGAUCCGUACGGUUCAAUUCACAGCACAACUUCAAGGCUGCUGUUGAGCCCGUGCGAUCGUCGCUUGGACUGCUCAGUGACGUCGAUCUUCUCGACAAGGUCCGUGCAAAUCACUUGGACCAGGAUUGUACAAUGCACUGAUCUAGACUGAAUUUGCGUGUACAGAGCUCUGCGACGCUCGUCACCGAACUCGAAUCGCUUUCCAACAUGGUCGAGAGCCUCGCCGCUUCGGUCCAGUCGAACGACAACGGGCCCCAAGCCGAGAAGCCCCAGAUCGUUGCCCUCCACCUCAAGGGCCUCAAGGUACGUAGACCAAAGCGUGAUCGGAAUCUACAGUCUAUGAUCAAGUACUGAUCCACGUUCGAAUGGCCCAACCUACAGGAAGUCGCCGCCGCGCACUCUCCGUCGUCCGAGACGUACCAACGUGCCGCGACGUUGCUCCGCUCGACCCUGAGUGCGACCCUUGCGGCCUUGCGUCAAGACGCUGCCACGGACGAACAACCGACCGUUCUCCUCCUGACUUUACCGCCUUACUCUCCCCCCUUGUUGCGUCGAAGAGCCCCCUUCCUUGCACCCUUCGCUUCGUCCCCUGCGAUCCCUGGCCAAGUCGCACGACGAGGAGCCUCGAUGCAUCUCCCCCACCAAGUCAAGCGCGCCUCUGUCUUCGUAGACCACCCCACCACCCAAGACGGUCGAGUCAAACGCGCCCCUUCGGACUCUGGGAAACCUCGUCAACCCGUCGUCCCCUCGCAUUACCGCUGCUUCGAAUCCGAAGCCGAACUCAAUAACCUCACGGCGUCAUGUCUUGGACGUGGAGUGGGAGUGAAGGGCGUUUCGGCUGCUAGAAAUGGAGGUACGGCGGAUUGCUGGGUUUGUAGUUGUGGGAAGACAACGGAAGAGGGCAAGACGAAGUCGUGGGCUGGACAGGGGUGCGAGAAGGAGGAUCUUUCGGGGUCAGUGGCUUUGGCCUCCUCCAUCUCAUCUAGGACAGUGACAGUCCAGAAACUGACUUUUCACCCCUUUCGAAUUCCUAGCGACUUUGUCCUCCUCUUCUUCAGCGGCGUAGGCCUCCUGGGCAUCCUUUUCGUGAGCGUCGGCCUCUUGUACGGCGUCGGCAACGUCCAGUUACCGGGUACGCUCGCGAGCGUCAAUGGUGCUGGAGUCGGUUCCAAACGUGAUUAG